AUGCAAUUUCAAACACGCAGGACUCAGGAGACAGCUCUUUCAAACACACAGGAGACAGCAUUUGACCGCUCAACCCAGCGACAACCAUUUGCAUUUGAAUUUAUUCAGCCACCUCGAGGAGAUCGAGGCCGCGGUCGUGGUCAUGGGCGGCAUGGGCCGGGCCCUCGUCCACUAGGGAGGACGGGAAGACAAGGAGGACAGGAUCGUACUAGAGGGCGUGGAGGCGCGGUCGCCAUCAGAGAUCUUAUGGUGUUACGUAGUAGUCAGCAUGGUCAAGACUCAGUUUGGUCAGGGGAAUGGUGA